UGUUUGUGUCUCUGUAUGCAUGCAGUAAAAUGGCAGGAGCCAGAGUUUUUCAGGAUGAGUUCACGUGUCCAGUGUGUCUGGAUCUCCUGAAGGAUCCAGUGACGAUCCAGUGUGGACACAGUUACUGUAUGAGCUGCAUUACAGACUGCUUGAAUGAGGAGGAUGAGAAGAGAGUCUACAGCUGCCCUCAGUGCAGACAGACCUUCAGUCCAAGACCUGCUUUAGCUAGAAACACCAUGCUGGCUGAAGUGGUGGAGAAACUGAAGAAGACCAAACUCUCUGCUGACUGUGACGCUGGAGCUGGAGAUGUGCAGUGUGACGUCUGUACUGGAAGAAAAUACAAAGCCGUCAAGUCCUGUCUGGUGUGUCUGGAGUCUUACUGUCAGAAUCACCUCGAACAACAUGAGAGCUGGUUUAAAGGAAAGAGACACAGUGUGAUUGAAGCCACUGGACGACUGCAGGAGAUGAUCUGCCAGAAACAUGAGAAGCUCCUUGAGGUUUUCUGUCGCACUGAUCAGAAGUGUAUAUGUGUGCUGUGUACGGUUACUGAACAUAAAAACCACGACACUGUAUCAGCUGCAGAUCAGAGGACAGAGAAACAGCACCAGCUGAAGGAGACGCAGAAGACGCUCCAGCAGAGAAUCCAGCAGAGAGAGAAAGAUCUUCAGCAGAUGAGAGAGGCUUCCCACUGA